GCAAUGAUGCAGUGGUCAUCUGAGUGGGCGGAGCAACACUAUGACGUCUCUUCUACCACAUCAUCUCCAGUACACCUUAAGCCCCUCCCAUUUCCACAGCCCAGUCGCCCUGCGUUCUCAGGCUACACCGACGACAUCAGUGCCCUCAGUGCCUCUAGCUUGCUAAAACGCUAUGCCGAGAGGUAUUCCUUCAACUCGUCCUUACCAGAACAUGGGAGUUUCCUGAGAAGUGAGCAUCACCAGGAGCCAUGGCCUGGGGGGUACAGCGCAAACGGGCCUCCUGGUUUAGACCCAUUGAAGGGGAGCGGAAGUGAUCUUUCAGAACAGCAGUACAGCGGUGGUCCCACAUCUCAGGAUUACCCUUCAUCCUACAGCAGCCAACACCUGCUGCCUAAACCAUCCUAUCUUCCGUCGCCAGCAUUUGCCUUGCCGUCUGCAUACCUGCCACCCGCACCAGGCUACGCUUAUUCCCAGCAAUGCGGUCUGAGUGCUAGUUACCCUCACAGCACCCCUUCUCUGCUGCCCUCGGGUCUACACACUCCCACACCUCUUCACAGCAGCCUCGCUGCUGCUGAACUCCCACGUAACAGGAAGUUCGGCUUCGACCAGUCCAAAACUGCCAGAGUCUCACCAUACACAAUCAGGGACAAGACUGAACGGCAGAACAGCGACAGUGGUGGAAAUGUCAACGAAAGUUGUGGGACGGACCUCCAGAGCUACAGGCCCGAUAGACCUUCCACUCAGUCUGAUCUUGAGGCAGAUUCUGUGGGUAAGACCAGUCAUCUACGGCCUCUGGAGACACGGUCUUAUGGCGGUCCGGGACAGUACACAUAUCCCUGAGUCUACUUGAUGUAGUGAAAUUAUCCUUUUUUUUAUAUACAGUAUAUAUACAUGUUUGUAGCAAUACUUGAACAUAUCAAACA